AUGGCUUGUUGUCCACGUUUACUGAUGUGCUGUUGUCCCGCCUCAGGCAAACCGUGCAAAAGCAAAAAGAAGGAGAAGCCAAAGUGCUGCCUGGAGUUCGUUGAGUACGAGUACGUGAUCGAGAACCUGGCGAUUACCAGGGCGCCCAAAGUUUGCUUGAACAAGAAGUCGAUAAGAACGACGCAAACCGCGAGACCUUGCGGCAAAGACAUAGCCACGCUGGCCGUGAAGGUGCCCAAUGAGGUUUGCGUGGGGCCCAUUGUGGAGUCCUCGUUGUCGGCGGGGGAUUGCUGCGCGCCGAAGGAAUUAGCGGAGAAAAUUAUAGAUUGCUGCGCUUGUCCGAAGGACCCGCUUUGCAAGCCGAUGCAGUACAAUUGCGCGGUUAGAGAUAAAUUCAAAGACGAUUUCAUUUUGAAGAAAAUAUUGCUGCCGCCUGGUCAAGUGCAACGAAUUGAGCAUCCUAAGUUGCAGGCUGCGCCAGAUGUUUCUAGACCUGUAGAAGAGGUUAAUACUAUGAGAAAAGAUCUGAAGGCAAUUCCUGCGGAGAUUCAAAAAACCAUAGAUGCAUUGAAAGUGGCUAAACCGCAGCAUGCGAUGGCUUCUCUGCGUAAAAAUAGGUUGAAUUUAAUGCGCAGCGUUUCAGAUACUAGCUUAGAUAAUAAAGAUACCAUUUGUAACUUUUUAGGUAGAAGCAAUGUGAGAGGUCAAACUACAGAUGAUACCAAAUCAUCAGUAAAUGAUAUUCACUUUAAAAGCCACAAGAAAAGUCUAUCUAAAUUACUGCAAGCCUCAAGAAAAACACUAGAAACAACUAGAGCUACCGAAACUAGUUUAGAUAGUUUAUCAGAAGAAUCUCCAAUUAAAAUUUUAACGGAUCAACGAAGUUUAAAAUGGAAAAUAGUAAUUAAUAAACACAAAGGCAUCUUUACGAAAAAAUAG